AUGGUUGAAGAGAAUGACCCUCAAGCUGGUGCCAGCAAGAUUGCCAAGAGAUUGAAGAGAGAGCACCUUGAAGGAACAUACAAUGCAAGUCACCCAAGAUGUAGCCAUGCCUUUGAUGAUGCCCUGAUGAAUGCCACCCAAGGUACCAUUGAUGCCACAGGAGAAUACAACAUCAACUAUAUUCUCCUCGACAUCAUCAAGGAAUACCUGACCUUCCAUCAGGUUUGGAAGAAAAUCGAAAAUGGCUUGGGCAGCAAGGCCACGAGGAGCUCCUGCCAACUUGCUCUCAUCACUCAGCUGGGUGAUGUCAGGAUGUUCAACUCUGAUGCUCAGAAACUCAUCCAGGAGAUCAGGACCAUCCAGGCCAAAAGCAUUCACCAUCUCAACUUUGAUGCCCUCACUGUUGCACUCAGCACAUGUCAGUCAGCAAUUGAGAGUGUACCCACACAGAAAUGGGACCCUCAGCAGGCCAAUGCUAGAAUCACCAGUAGCACUGAGCAAGGUGAUUCAGCCAAAGAGACAGAUGCCAAUGGCACCAAAACAACAUGGAGCAAACACCACAAGAUCUGCUGCUAUGUGUACUCAGGAGCUAGUUUUCAUAUGAUUAACAACCACAGCAUUCUCAUCAAUCCAAAAACUUGCCAGAAGCAUGUUUUCACUGCAGGAAGUGAAGUUUUGGAGGCAACUGCUGUAGGAGACAUCAACAUAUCAACUGCACAUGGAGAUGUUUUCCUCCAGAAUGUUUUGUAUGUUAGAAAUCUUAAUGUUAAUCUGUUAUCAACCAACUCUCUAAUGGAUGAAGGAGCACAAGUGAUCUUAGACCACAUGGGUGGGCAGAUAUAUCUAGCAAAUGGAACACUGCUCAAAAUAUCAAAGGAUCAUGACCAUGGACUACUAGAAUUGCAAGGAGACACAUGGUGA